GUAUCAUUUAAAGUAAAGUCCACCAAUGUAUAUGAAGCUCUCCAAAAAUUCGCACUCGCUGAUCUAGCAGUACACCCGUGAUACUUCCGCAGCGUGUAUCUUCACUCUUCCCCUAAACCCACUGGCACAGCACAGCCGUAUCCACACUCUCUUCUCUCACUUCCCAACCCAAACCCCCUCCAAACCAAAUCAAACACAAGCAUCCAAAGAGCCGCUACCGCCCACGCACUCUCUUCGCCUAGCCGCUUUCCAUGGCCGCCGCCGCCGCCCCCGAUGCCGGAGAGUGGUCCGCCGCUGCGCGGCUCCGCCUCGUCUGGCGCGUCGUGCGGGCGGCGGAGCUCCUAGCCCUGGCCGUCGUCCUCUCCCGAUCCUUCCCCCGCCUCCCUUACGCCGCGUCUGCGGCCUCCUCUGCUCUCCGCCUCGCCGCCUCACUCCUCCUCCACCCGCGCUCCAUCUUCGUCAUCGCCAACGCCAUCGUGUUCCUCCUCUACGUCUUCUCGCGCCGCGACCCGUCGUCCUCUUCCUCUGCCUCCAACCAGGACGCCCAGGACCAGUACUUCCUUUCCUUCACGGCGAUCACCGAGGCGCCGGCUAUGGCGUCAGAGAUGGACGCGGUGUUCGAGGACAAGGAGGCGGUGCACGUGACGGUGCACGCCCCGCGGCGGAGCAGGUCGGAGAAAAUCGGCGGCGGAAAGCCGGGCGGGCGGAGGACGGCGGGAUCGCCGGAUAUGCGUCGGUCCGAUUCGGAGAACGGACGGAGGCGGCGGUCGACGUCGUCGGCUGGCCCGGAGGAAUGGGACGCGGAGGACGAGAAGGAGGAGUUUCGGAGGGCAGUCGAGGCGUUCAUCGCCAAGCAGCAGACGCGGUUUCACCGCGAGGAGUCCUUUGUCUUGGUCGCCGGCGCCGGAGACGAUGGUCAGGCGAUCACCGUAGCUAUGUCCCCUGUGAAGUGACGAGGGAGUUGGUAACAGUGAGCGCUGGGAGGGUGACGAGUGUGAAAGGAUGGAUCGGUGUGCAAAGAAUUUCUUGGUGCCUUGUUUAGUGUACAAGUUUUGCCUUUUUGCUUCUUGUCUUUCUAGCAUCUGAAUAUGUUUCUUUUUUCCACUUACUUUUGGCGCGUCUGUGAUUGACUGAUAGCUGCCGCCGUUCGAUGGACUAGAUUACGCAAUUUUAGACUUCCGUCGCUGCAUGGCGUCGGCCAACGACUCUGGUUCAUAUUUCUGUUUUAGUUUAGACAAAAAAUAACUAUGUUUCAUCUA